GCGAACAUCAAUUUCAAUUGAUGCGGAAAAUAUAAUUGUGCCUAGACAGACACAAUUGUGAUACACUCUCGUUAGAUACUAUUUCAGUGGAAGAAAAAUAAACAUUGCGCAACAAAUUAAAUGUUGCUACAAAGCAUUUUUUUUUUUUUAGAAAGGCAAGAAUGCGUUUUGAGAAAUAGUGUGUGGACUAAACAGAAACGUCGACAUGCAAGCUCUUGAUCCAAUGAUAGAACAACAGGAUCGGGUAAACACCUUACCAAUUACAAAUUAGCCUUAUAUCAGCCUAAAAGGUCCGAUGACUUGCUCACGACUUAGUUACUUUCAUUAGAAAUAAGCUAUUGGCUAAAUGAAGAGAAUAAUUAAUGCAAUAAAACGAAUUACACCCCCACCCCCUCCCUCCAGAUAAAACGUAUUCUGUGGCUUUACCUUGCGGAAUUGAAAUAAUAUAUCAUAAUUGUUCUAUAGGAAUAUCCUAUACCCAUCCAUUAUGUCCUAUAGAAAUAGCCUAUAUCCAAUCAUGUGCAUUUAAAACAUGUAACAUUACAGGCCUACCAUUCUGGUUUUCAUUUAGACUGCUUUCAUUUAACAAAAGCAAGAGACAUUAACGUCGGCAGGGUUAGACGAUGGCAGGGUUAGGAUUAGGGUUGGACGGUGGCAGGGCAAAAUGACAACAAUAGCCCAAUAAUAGUAGUAACAAUAAUAAUAAUAUAUAUUUUUAAAUACAAUCCACCCUUCUGUAAUAAUGUUACAUCAUGCGUAAUGAUCCGCACUUCAAGCCAAGCCAAGAAAGAGUGCAAAGGCAAAAAGAGAGAGGGAAUACGAUCAGAAAUUCUGCCUAAGGUAUACUGUUGGUUAAAAGGCUUAAAAGCUUGGGGAAAAUUGGAUCAGGGAGAAUCGUCACCCAACUUUCAUUAUUUCCAAGUGGUGUGAUUGAAUUAAAGAGCAAGACGGUGGUUAGAGAGGAGGGUGGAUGGCGCGCGGGGAGGGGGGGGGGGCUUGGCGCAUAAUGGUGUGGUAUUAAAUUCUAAUUAGAGAUGCAGGGGAUCAAUGAUAGGGAGGUUGGACAGUGCGGGCCCCCAGUGCCAGCCCAAUAGACUGAUGAGUUAUUGUCAUGUAAAAGCGCUAGCAAUAAGACCAAACGCUUUGCCAUUGUCCAAGAGGAAAGAGCCAAGUUUAUUAUGAGGACUAUAUGCUCUAGAGACCUGAGGCUAGGCGGCUCUUAGAGGGCUUUUCAUAAAACAGGGCGAAGCUCCUAUAAAGGAGGCCAGUUUUGGAGCAGGCGCCGAGCAGUGCACAUCUACCCACGGUCUAGUCUCUUUCCAAAACAGUCAAAUCCAAGCAAGUCAAUUCUCCCCAUCUCAUCUCGCGUCAUUAUCAUUGUUUUUGUAAUCAAAUUUGAAGUUUCGAUUUUUUCCCCUUGGAAGUGCUGCUUUCUUUAUCCACUGAGCCUUUUCAAAUGUAUAAAAUGGAGUAUUCUUACCUAAAUUCCUCUGCCUACGAAUCAUGUAUGGCCGGGAUGGACACAUCGAGCUUGGCAUCAGCCUAUGCGGACUUCAGCUCGUGCAGUCAAGCCAGUGGGUUUCAGUACAAUCCGAUCAGGACCACGUUUGGGGCUACCUCCGGCUGCCCGUCUCUUACGCCGGGGUCUUGCAGUCUGGGGACACUGCGGGACCACCAAAGCAGCCCAUACGCCGCAGUUCCUUACAAACUCUUUACGGAUCAUGGCGGACUGAACGAGAAAAGAAAGCAGAGGCGCAUUCGGACCACUUUUACCAGCGCACAGCUCAAGGAGCUGGAGAGGGUUUUUGCUGAGACCCACUAUCCAGAUAUCUACACACGUGAAGAGCUGGCGCUCAAAAUCGAUUUGACUGAAGCCAGAGUGCAGGUGUGGUUCCAAAACCGACGCGCCAAAUUCCGUAAGCAAGAGCGCGCGGCCGCUGCUGCCGCUGCCGCUGCCAAGAACGGCUCCGGGAAGAAGUCGGACUCUAGGGAAGAAGACAGUAAAGAGGCCAAAUCUACCGACCCUGACAGCACGGGAGGACCGGGGCCCAACUCUGUCCCAACCUCUAACUGCGGUGGGCCCAGUCCAACCGGUGGCCAGGUCAACGUUUCCAGCGGAAACGGACAAGUGGACCAAGUGAAGACGUCGGUGGCUCCCGGCAUGUGUGGAAACACACCGAGUCAAGGCUGGGCUUCUGCACCAGGUACCAUCACCUCCAUCCCGGACUCUUUGGGUGGACCGUUCGCCAGCGUACUGUCCUCUUUGCAAAGACAGAACGGAGCCAAAGCUACAUUAGUAAAGACCAGCAUGUUCUAAUACAGCGGAGACCCACUGACAAAAUCAAACAGGUGACUGAGGAGUGUUGAGUCGUGAAAUGAGGGACGUUACAAGAAAGACUGAAGGACACUGAUAGGCCUAUCAUAACCGCAGUUGUAAAAAGAUGAAGAUGACUACUUACAUUUUUUUGCCUCAGUCCUUCCUUUUCGGUUAUCGUCCAGUAUUAUGGUCAUUCUGCACUUAUUGCGGUCUGGUUCAAGUAACCACAAACUGCUGUGAGUCAUAAGCAGUGUCCCAUCAUACGACCAGAUGUCAUCAAAAUGUCAGACACUGUACAACUGCUUGUUUUGUUUAAGUAGCCAACAUUCUGAUUUGAAUGAAGAUCUUCGAUAUAUGGAAUGUCUCUGAUUAUCGAACGAGAGACUAUUUUGUUCAUUUCCUGAUGCAACUUGCUAAGUGUAAGUAGCCUAUACACCACUGUUUCAGGGCUCGUGAAGAAUUUCGUUUAUUUCAAUUGUUGACAUCAAAUGAACACCCUUAUUUCUUCAAAAAAGGCACAAAGUACAAAAGUUCACUGUUGACAGGAAUAUGUAAUUGUAUUGUGAGUCUUUCUACAGCUGUGUUUUUGUGGCUCAAUUGUAUAGUGUUAAUAUGUAUUAUUGUAUCUAUCCUAUAGUUGACCAUAGGCCAUACUCCCCAGUCCCUUUAGAAUCACGAAGUCUUUUUGACGUUUUACAAAGUUACCACUGGCGAAUUUAUUUUGGGUAAAAAAAAGGGAAUGUAUGCAAAGUGUUAUUUCACUAUUAUUUGCAUGUCUUUUUUGUCCGAUUUUAUAAUAAUUUCCCCCCAUUUUGUGAGCAUAAUGUAACACGUUUUGUCCAGGAUUUGAAAGUUAUUUAUAUGUAGGUAAUGAAUGCUUAUAUUUAAGGAAAUAUUUCUACAUGUGCACAUAGUUUUCCAGGUGUACCAUUGAAAUGGUAAAAAUGAUAAAAAUAAUCAAAGUUGUUUGUCAUGUUUUUCUUUGUUGAUCUUUAAACAAAAAGGUACAAACAGGCUAAGGUACCAUUCUGCAUGCAUUAGAUGUAAAACGGUUAACCAAAUUCGCACAAAUUACUAUUCUCUUCUGAUUCCCCAAUCAAUGUCAGAUUUGGUUCUCAGAAGUGUAUCACAUUGUUUAAAAGCUAUUGUCAUGGAUUCUAUAAUGUAUUACUAUGUACCUCUAUUAUACAAGUCACCUACACUGAGAGGCACCUUUUUAGGUAAUUUACUUCAGCACCAUGGAUAGCGGCUUGCGACAGAACGCAGGCUAUGGGAUCAGGGUUACUUUCACAAAGGGCUGACUGUUCAGCAGUAAUCCCAUCGAAACAGUCGUGGUUAGCCUUUCCCAUUCUCUGCCUGCCUUUAGCUGGCUAAAUCCAGAAAAAAAAUACUGACCUUUUUGCUUUCAUCCUCGUAGCAGCAAAAA